UGACAUUCACAGAUAGAAGCUGUGAAACGCAAGAGGAUUGACACACUAGCUUAAUGUUUACAGAAAGUCAGGCCCCAAAUUAUCUCUGCUCAUCCUUCGUCCUCCGGCUGUAAUCAUUGAUUGCCCCUGAGUGCGAUUAUCAGUAGCGCCUCAUGUGUCUCCCUGGAAGUGAAGAUUUUACAAGCAUGGAACUCAAGGCUUCCGCCGUCCAAGAGUGGUUGGAGCAAGAUGGAACAACCAAGCGGGAUUUGGCACCCACCAAAUCCCUGCCUUCCACCAUCUUUAUGAAGGGCCGAAUCCCCAGUCAUCUUCCUGGUCCGGAAUUGAAUAGUGAAUCAGACUCGGACGACAACCUCAAGCUCCGACUCGAGAAGAUGAUUUUUGCUCCGCGGGUUUUGCGAAAGACCGGAUCCGUGCCAACGUAUUUGGAGCAAUUGAGCUAUGACGCUGAUGAAAGUGAUUUCGUUGAUGACAAUCCGGACGAAGAACAUCAUGGCCUGAUGAUGAAGCCAUUAUCAUCUUUGUCGUCAUCAUCCAAGACAAACCGGGUGGAAAAAGCCGCAGGAAAUCACCCGGGGAGUGGUGAAGGCGCGCUCUACAGUGUGGUGGAUUAUCCGAUUCCCACAACACGAAAGAGGAGCAAAAAGAUGUCCACAACGAGUUCAGUUCAUUCCACAGGGUCUAGUUGGUCAUUGGAUAACCCCUUCAUCAAUCUCAUGUCCGAGGCGCGUAUUAGAAAGAUCUCCGCCGACAGGAUCUCCAACUUCAGUACCAUCGAGGCCAACCAGUUCCAAUUCCGGAAGGUGUCCGAGUCGCCGAGCCAAAAGUCCGUCCCGGAAGAGAUCGAAAUGAUUGCCAUUCUCGACAGCCAUUCCGACCCACAAGGCAGUAGUACCCGGAGGAGUCAGCAGUACCCCAACAUCAUGAGCUCCCGUGCCAGAUCCAAGAACAGACUCCACACGAGAAUGAGUGGAAACCGUCAGGGCAUCAUUAGGAACCAACAAGCCAAGACCGCCCAAGGCAGUUGGGUCUUUGAGAACUAUCAACAACAAAUCUAUGAGCGGACUCACAAACCUUGGAAGCAAAGCCACCAGGAUCAAAACUCAAAUGACCAAGGCAGUGCUAUCCCAACCAAGAAGGUGCCCAUUCAGACCACCCGGUUACGAUCCGUUGAUGAGAACCUAUUUCUGCCAAACAAGCCUUUCAACCGAAGAAGGAGCUCAGCCCAAGUGGGCAGCAAGGCCAGAUCCCGCAAUCCAUCCCGAAGUCCGGAAUCAUCCGAUAGAGCUCACUCGCAACCUCGACCUUUCGGAAGCGGUCCAAGUGGUGAUGAGGAAUUGACCCAUUUUCGCCGCCACACGAGGACCAGAUCGACUUGGGCCCCUGGGAACAAACCUGGAGCAAUUGCCGAUUCAAAUGAACCCUCCAUGACCCGAGAUGACGAACAGGGGAACAUCGGCAAACGAACUACUAUCAAGAAAUCAUUUCAAAGAAUAGGGAAAAUAUUUGGGCAGAGAAAAUGAUGUAGGCCAUGAUUGAUAAAUGCGAUCAAUACAACUCAAGUUAAUUUGUA